CUCGGGUCCCUCAUUUCAACAACUUGUGGAAUCAAAAAAACUUAAGCUAUGGCAGCUGCUUCUCCAAUGGCAAGUCAAUUACUCAAGUCCAGCUUCACUAGACCUUUGGUCACACCUAAGGGACUUUGUGGCUCUUCACCACUUCAUCAAUUUACUUCUUCUAGAAGGCAAUUUAACUUCACUGUUAAAGCCAUCCAAUCUGAAAAGCCCACAUACCAAGUGAUUCAACCAAUCAACGGUGACCCAUUCAUUGGAAGCCUUGAAACUCCAGUCACAUCAAGCCCAUUGGUGGCAUGGUACCUCUCCAACCUACCAGCCUAUAGAACUGCAGUCAACCCACUACUUCGUGGCAUCGAAGUGGGCUUAGCUCAUGGGUUCCUCCUCGUAGGCCCAUUCGUGAAAGCCGGGCCUCUAAGGAACACCGAAUAUGCUGGAUCAGCGGGCUCUCUCGCAGCUGCCGGGCUUGUUGUUAUCCUUAGCCUUACCCUAACAAUCUACGGGAUUUCUUCCUUCAACGAAGGCGAUCCAUCGACCGCACCAUCAUUGACCUUAACGGGCCGUAAGAAGCAGCCCGAUCCGCUUCAAACAGCUGAUGGUUGGGCCAAGUUCACUGGUGGGUUUUUCUUUGGAGGCAUUUCUGGUGUUACUUGGGCUUACUUCCUUCUUUAUGUUUUGGAUCUUCCAUACUUUGUCAAGUAAAAAAAAAAUAAUUACUCUCUUAAUUUCUAAUGCUUUUGUGUGCUAAUGAGAUGAUGGAUGUACAUGUUGUAUUUUAUGAAUCUCAUUUUGUUACUACAAUGUUAAGUUAAAUACUCUCUUAUGUUUUUCA